UGCGCCGCCGGGCCGCGGGGCGAGGCGGCGGCGGCGGCGGCGGCCUUGGACCCAGAGGGUCCGCCGCCGGGGCUCGUCGUCGCAGCCUUUCCUGUUUGGAUCCUCCAGCGCGUCUCCGCAGCUGCCCGCUUCCCCUCGCACGCCCACUCGGCCCCACUCCUCCGUGUCCUCCUCGGGGGACGCCGCCCUCGGCCCGGGUUCGGUUCCCGCGCCGGGGGACGCCGCUCGCCUCCCCUCGCGGGCUGCGGGGGAGCCCCGCCGAGACCAUGAGGAAAUUCAACAUCAGGAAGGUGCUGGACGGCCUGACCGCCGGCUCGUCCUCGGCCUCGCAGCAGCAGCAGCAGCAGCAGCAGCAGCAGCAGCAGCAGCACCCGGCGGGGACCCGGGAGCCCGAGGUCCAGGAAACGCUCCAGUCCGAGCACUUCCAGCUCUGCAAGACUGUUCGCCAUGGAUUUCCCUAUCAACCGUCAGCCCUGGCCUUUGAUCCUGUACAGAAGAUCCUGGCAGUUGGAACUCAGACUGGUGCUUUAAGGCUCUUUGGUCGUCCAGGAGUAGAAUGUUACUGCCAACAUGACAGUGGAGCCGCAGUCAUCCAGCUUCAGUUCCUGAUCAAUGAGGGAGCUCUUGUGAGUGCCUUGGCUGAUGACACCUUACAUUUAUGGAAUUUACGUCAAAAGAGACCUGCCAUACUACAUUCACUUAAAUUUUGCAGAGAAAGGGUUACAUUUUGCCAUCUGCCUUUCCAGAGUAAGUGGCUCUAUGUGGGCACUGAGCGAGGUAAUAUACAUAUUGUCAAUGUGGAGUCCUUCACACUCUCAGGCUACGUCAUUAUGUGGAAUAAAGCCAUUGAACUGUCAUCUAAAUCUCACCCAGGACCAGUUGUCCAUAUAAGUGAUAACCCAAUGGAUGAAGGAAAGCUUUUGAUUGGCUUUGAAUCUGGAACAGUAGUGUUAUGGGACCUCAAAUCAAAGAAAGCCGACUACAGAUACACAUAUGAUGAGGCUAUUCACUCGGUUGCUUGGCAUCAUGAGGGAAAACAAUUUAUUUGCAGUCAUUCAGAUGGCACCUUGACUAUAUGGAAUGUGAGGUCCCCAGCUAAGCCUAUGCAGACAAUCACUCCACAUGGAAAACAAUUAAAGGAUGGGAAGAAGCCAGAACCAUGCAAACCUAUCCUCAAGGUGGAGUUCAAAACGACUAGAUCUGGGGAACCUUUUAUUAUUUUAUCAGGAGGUUUGUCCUAUGAUACUGUAGGAAGAAGACCCUGCUUAACAGUUAUGCAUGGGAAAAGUACUGCUGUGCUGGAAAUGGACUAUUCAAUUGUCGAUUUUCUAACGCUGUGUGAAACACCAUACCCAAAUGAUUUUCAGGAACCAUAUGCUGUGGUGGUUCUUCUGGAAAAAGAUUUAGUACUUAUAGACCUUGCUCAAAAUGGAUAUCCUAUAUUUGAAAAUCCGUACCCUUUGAGUAUACAUGAAUCCCCUGUUACAUGUUGCGAAUAUUUUGCUGAUUGUCCUGUGGACCUUAUUCCUGCACUUUAUUCUGUUGGAGCCAGACAGAAACGUCAAGGUUACAGCAAAAAGGAAUGGCCCAUUAAUGGAGGUAAUUGGGGCUUGGGUGUUCAAAGUUACCCAGAAAUAAUUAUUACAGGGCAUGCUGAUGGAUCUGUUAAGUUCUGGGAUGCUUCUGCAAUAACUCUGCAAGUAUUAUAUAAACUAAAGACAUCUAAAGUAUUUGAAAAGUCAAGAAAUAAAGAUGACAGACCAAACACAGACAUUGUAGAUGAAGACCCAUAUGCCAUUCAGAUUAUCUCCUGGUGUCCAGAAAGUAGAAUGCUGUGCAUAGCUGGAGUUUCAGCUCAUGUCAUUAUUUAUAGAUUCAGCAAACAAGAAGUGAUAACAGAAGUCAUUCCGAUGCUUGAAGUUAGAUUGUUAUAUGAAAUAAAUGAUGUGGAAUCCCCAGAGGGCGAACAGGCACCGCCUUUGCCAACACCAGUGGGGGGCGCCACUCCUCAGCCCAUUCCUCCUCAGUCUCAUCCUUCUACCAGUAGCAGUUCAUCUGAUGGGCUUCGUGAUAAUGUCCCUUGUUUAAAAGUUAAAAAUUCACCACUUAAGCAGUCUCCAGGUUAUCAAACAGAACUAGUUAUUCAGUUGGUAUGGGUGGGUGGAGAACCACCACAACAAAUAACCAGCCUGGCAGUCAAUUCUUCAUAUGGAUUGGUAGUUUUUGGCAAUUGUAAUGGCAUUGCAAUGGUAGACUACCUCCAGAAAGCAGUACUCCUCAAUCUGGGCACUAUUGAAUUGUAUGGCUCCAAUGAUCCUUACCGGAGAGAACCCCGGUCUCCUCGUAAAUCUCGACAACCUUCAGGAGCAGGUCUAUGUGAUAUUAGUGAAGGAACUGUAGUCCCAGAGGAUCGCUGCAAAUCUCCAACUUCUGGUUCUUCAUCACCACACAAUUCAGAUGAUGAACAAAAAAUGAAUAAUUUUAUAGAAAAGGUGAAGACCAAAAGCAGAAAGUUUUCCAAGAUGGUAGCCAGUGAUAUAGCAAAGAUGUCAAGGAAGUUAAGCUUGCCUACUGACCUAAAGCCCGACUUAGAUAUAAAAGAUAAUUCCUUCAGCCGAUCACGGAGUUCCAGUGUAACCAGCAUUGAUAAAGAAUCUCGAGAAGCAAUCUCUGCUCUUCAUUUCUGUGAAACUUUUACUCGAAAGGCAGAUUCCUCUCCCUCGCCAUGUUUAUGGGUUGGUACUACAUUGGGAACAGUGCUUGUCAUUGCACUGAACCUUCCCCCAGGAGGAGAGCAAAGGCUUCUUCAGCCAGUAAUUGUCUCUCCAAGUGGUACUAUAUUGAGGUUAAAAGGAGCGAUCCUGAGAAUGGCAUUCCUGGAUACCACAGGCUGCUUAGUGCCACCUGCAUAUGAAUCCUGGAGAGAACACAAUGUUCCUGAAGAAAAAGAUGAAAAGGAGAAAUUAAAGAAACGACGGCCUGUCUCCGUGUCCCCGUCCUCUUCUCAGGAAAUCAGUGAAAACCAGUAUGCAGUGAUAUGUUCUGAAAAGCAAGCAAAAGUCAUCUCACUGCCAACUCAGAACUGUGCUUACAAGCAAAACAUUACAGAGACCUCUUUUGUGCUUCGUGGAGAUAUUGUAGCAUUGAGUAACAGUAUUUGCCUUGCCUGUUUCUGUGCCAAUGGACAUAUUAUGACUUUUAGUUUGCCAAGUUUAAGGCCUCUACUGGAUGUGUAUUACUUGCCCCUCACCAACAUGCGGAUAGCCAGAACAUUCUGCUUCACCAACAAUGGACAAGCUUUAUAUCUUGUUUCACCUACAGAAAUCCAGAGACUCACUUACAGUCAAGAGACCUGUGAAAAUCUUCAGGAGAUGUUGGGUGAACUCUUCACUCCUGUAGAAGCACCUGAAGCACCAAACAGGGGAUUCUUUAAAGGCUUAUUUGGAGGUGGUGCACAAUCUCUUGAUAGAGAAGAACUAUUUGGAGAAUCAUCCUCAGGAAAGGCAUCAAGGAGUCUUGCACAGCAUAUUCCUGGCCCUGGCGGCAUUGAAGGUGUGAAAGGAGCAGCCUCUGGAGUUGUUGGUGAAUUAGCACGAGCCAGGUUGGCACUAGAUGAAAGAGGGCAGAAACUUGGUGAUCUGGAAGAAAGAACUGCAGCUAUGUUGUCCAGUGCAGAUGCAUUUUCUAAACAUGCUCAUGAGAUGAUGUUGAAAUACAAAGAUAAGAAGUGGUACCAGUUCUGACAACCAGAAAUCCAACUAAGUCCAACUUCAGCCAGAAGGAAAAAGAAUUUUCCUUUUUUAUUUUAUUGAUUUCACUUUAGGGAAGUUAACGUUAAAGGGAUGUUCGUCACUGGAUACUGUUCUUUCCUAGCACAAUCAUGCACUGUUUUACCUCAGUCAUGUGGCUUUAACUGAGGAGUGUCCACACACACACACAGCGGAGUAGAUGGUGUGUGGCAGCUGUGGGUUGACAGCUUGGGAACUAAGCAGGUCACAUGUUAUGGAUGAAGAAACAAAGGGGGAUGUUGAGGAGACCUAGCAGGGACUAUUCCUAGAUCAUUCCUGUAUUAAACUUUCAUAUGCCAAAAGAUUUUGUGCUGUUGUAUCUGCCAUCAGUGUUUGACCUCAUUGAGGGAGAGGCAAUAAGUCAGAAGUCCUGAAGCUGAAAUAGUUAUGUUUGUGUCAUUGACUGAAUUAACAAACAGCUGUCUUGGACUUUCCCUCCCUUAAACUGAAUGGUCAUCAGUAUCAUUAGUGAAAAAGAAACAAACUGUUUGUUACCAUAUCUUUAGACAGAUAAGCUGAAUGGUGGGCUUUAAAUAAUAAAAACAUACACAUAGUUGACUUGUGUAUGGGCUACUCUUGGAUUCUUGUUAUUGUAUACUUGUGUUUAGUCCAUAUUUUGUCAAAAGCAAAACAAGGCGAUACAUCACUUUUCAUUGAAAAGAAAAGUGUAGAGCAUGACUGAACGCUCAUCAUUCUGGGAGUUUCCAUGUAGUGGCUAUACAGUGUGGAAAGUGAGAAAAACCUCCAUUGUGGUGAGGAGAAUACUUCAAUGUCCCUUGUCCUUGUUCUCAUUAAUUCAGCUAAAGGUGGAUUUGACCAAAAUAGUUACAGGUUAAAUUUGUAGAAAUGUUGAAAUUGGCUAAGUUUUUAAUUUUGCUUGAAUUUUUAUAAAAUGUUUAACCAAAUGUACCUUUGCAUUAUUUAAUUAAAAUUGCUAAAAAAAAAAGUUUCAUUAUUUCAGUAAAAUGCUCAGCUCCCUUUUUAAAAUGCCCUUUAUUUGCUAACAGUUCCAGUACACUCAGGUGAUGAGCCGAUUAAAUCUUAGUGCACAUGCUGUCGCAUGGGAAAUUACAAGCAUCUGUUGUCAAUAAUUAUCUAUAUAAGAGUCUAGUCUGAUGACCUACAAAAUAUUUUCUGUAGAAAUAUACUAUAAAUCUGUACAUGUCCUUUCAAGGUUUAAAAAGCCAAAAGGAAAGGAACAUAUGUGCAUUUUGGUAACUAAAUUAUUUCUGUAUUGGAGUAUAAUGCAAAUGAGACCAUCAGUGGACAAUAAAUGAUUGGUUCCUAGAAUAGCUUUGCAGACAGGGAAAAGAUAACUUCGUAGACCUGAAAGUAAGUGAUCUGAUAAUGCAGGCUCAUCUGAGAUUAUUAUUGGUGUUCUUAGAGCAACAAAGGAAGAGCAAAAUAAAAGCAUUACAUUUAAUAGUAAUGAAAUUUAAAUAUUUUCUUCUAUAAAAAAUUGUUUAAAACAGUUUUCUUCCUUCAUUAAGAGAUAAUCAGAGCACAAAUUGAUAGCAAAUUUGAUGGUUGUUUUUUCUAUUCCAUAUGAUCAUUAAAGGUAUAUUUAGAACACCCUAAUUCCAUGCAGUCUGUUAUGCAUCUGUUCCUCUUUAUUCUUUUCAUUAAUAAUGCUUUUAUGUUUACAUUUUAUAAUGUGCACUAUGGGAUACAAAAGUUUACAUUAAAAUUUACUUUGAAUAUUAUUAGGGAGGGACUAAAUAUAUGUGAUAGAGAUAAUUGAUAGAGCCAAAAUAAAUAUUUUAAAAGUAAUCAUUUUCAAAAGUUUUUGAAUUUGUAGAAAAUACCUAUGGAUAACAUAUUUCUGUUUAAUUAAUGUCAGCGAUAUGAUGAACAGCAGUUUAUAGAUGGCUUAAUUUGUAUCCUGUGUUAUCUAAUAAACAUGUUGUUCCGUGAUCUGUCA